CUCGGAAACGGCUGCAUUGGAGUGAGUUUUAGGACGUCAUUAAAGCAGGACGUUUUGCUAGUAAGAGUGCGAUCUGCAAUGAUUAAAGCUCGGUUCUUCGCCCCCAUCAUCGCAGCUACUGUGAUCGACGACCUGGAUGACGUCUGGAAAAAAGAGUGGCGAUAUUAUCCCUUCGAGGAAGCGGGUGUCAACGCACCUUCGGUCAGAUUCGAUGCCUGGCUGGAUCAUGUUCUCGAAGUACGCACAGAACCAAUCUCGCUGGACGACUUGGUGAUAGAGACCGACCACAUGGUACUCCCGUACAAGUUCCAGCAAGCCGACGGUACCACGAUCGACUCUCUUGUCCGCUUCUACCUGCUGCUCGGUGGCGUUGAUGGCGACCAGGGACUAGUGAUGCACGGCCCACACCUUAUCAUGGACGCGAAACCCAUCAUGCGCUUGUUAGACUUCAUUCUUCAGCAUGUAGUGGAUCCUACUUCGGGCCCGGGGAUAGGUGAGUGGGGAGAGGAGUGGCGGAACUUGCCCGUAGGGGCGCUUACUGCGACCGGUGGGGCGCGGGACGAUUGGGAUACUCGCGGCGUGGCGCUGCAGAAAGAGAUCAUGGGGGUGCGGGUCAGCGCUGUGCCCUCUUUGACGCUUGAACCGAGUCGGCCUACAAUCACGAAUGCAGGUGCGAUGCACCGAGUACGUGAGACAAUCGACGAGGCGACAUCGCGGGAGAUCAUGGCACAGCUGAAGGAGAGAGGCUUUUCGGUCACCUAUCUGUUCGACGCUGCUAUAGCUAUGUCAGUCCUCAACUCUGUCAAAGAUUCUGGCGGCUCCAUCUCAGAGGACGCACAUAUCACGAUCGACCCUGCCAUAAUUGGGCAAGAUAGGUUUCGCGUACCUCAGUACAAUCACGUCGGGCAGCUUGCCACCGGAGUUUGUUUCGCACCCAUUAAGAUACUCGCCAAGGACAUGGAAGGAAAGCCCACAGCGUGCGAACAGCUCAUCCACAUGAUGGAGGUAAUCAAGGAGCAGUACUUGUGCCUUGUCUCGAACCCGAACUUGGCGCACCUCAAUGCAGCAGACAAGGGAGGGAGAAAUACAGAUGGGUUUUUGCGGUUUGUGUUGGGAAGACGGACGUCGGCGAAUACAAACAUCGGUAGAGUUGAGGAUGUCAUCAAGACUGAUCAUGAGGUGGUGAAACCAUUAUCGCUUGCCAUUGGCCACAGGUUGAGCUGGAAACAACCGUAA